CACGAUCCGGCUGAGGAUUGGAGCUCGCCGGGGGGCGAAACCGGGCUCGAAGGUCAGUCCACUGUUCAAAUUCGUCAAAUUCAACCUAUGAUGCGGCGGGACUUGGGGGGUGGUGACCAGAAGGAGGAGGGGGAGGAAUCGUACCUGGCGCGGCCCGACGCUGCCGAUUGCGAACACUAUUUGCGGACCGGGUUUUGCGGGUUCGGGUCUCGCUGUCCGUACAACCAUCACCGGGAUCGUAGUACGGUCAUAGGAGCUGUGAGAGCUGGAGGGGAAGAGUUGCCAGAGAGAGCGGGCCAACCCGUGUGCCAGUAUUACAUGAGGACUGGAACUUGUAAAUAUGGUGCAUCUUGCAAGUAUCACCAUCCAAGGCAGGGAUGUAGAGCUGUUACUCCCAUGCCAUUAAAUAUUUUUGGAUACCCACUACGCCUGGGUGAAAAAGAGUGUUCAUACUACAUGAAAACAGGACUUUGCAAGUUUGGUCCAACGUGUAAAUUUCACCAUCCACUACCAGAUAGCAUGGUGCAGGCACCAACUGCUGGACCUUUGCCUGUGCCAGCUCCCAUGCCUGCUUCAUUAGUUUAUCCAUCAAAACAGUCCCCUCCUGCUCCAUCACCUGAACAAUAUGCACAAGUGGCUAGAAAUUGGGCAGUUGGAAGGCCUCCUCUAGUUCCAGGUUCAUAUUUGCAAGGGCCUUCGAGUUCCUUGCUCCUCGCUCAGGGCACGGUUCCCCAUACUGGUUGGGAUCCUUACCAGGCACCUGUAAAUCCAGUAGCCUCCCUGAGUACUCCGUCCACUGUUGGAGCAGCUCCUAUUUAUGGGUUAACACAGUUGUCUCCUUCUACGCCUGCAUAUACAGGAGCUUAUUUACCACUGCCUACUAUACCUGGUUCUUCAAGCAGUAGCCUCAAGGAACAAAAGUUCCCAGAAAGACCUGGCCAACCUGAAUGCCAAUAUUACAUGAAAACUGGAGAUUGUAAAUUUGGGUCAUCCUGUAAAUACCAUCAUCCACCAGAAUGGAGUACAGGAUACUCGAAUUAUUUCCUUAGUCCAAUAGGUCUUCCCAUGCGUCCAAUUAAACUGGCUGGUACUCUGGAUGGCUAUUUCUUCUUACACAGUUCUGGAGAUGGCAUCUCUGUUAAGCAUGGAGGAAAGCUAAAAAAGGCUGAGCAGGGGAUGGGAACCUCUGCUGCCGCAUGGGUUGAGGAAGCUCGGCGCCUUGAGUCGCGCCUCGAACAUUAUCCCUUUUACUAA